CUCAGCUGAGCUCCUCACUCGAUUCUUCACUCACACACACUCACGCCUGCCCUCAGACACUUGCUCUGACACUCGCUCAGCCCUGAGCCACGGUGCGUACAAUCAUCGUCUCUCCACCACAACACUGCACUCCAGCAACAAGAAAACCACUUGGUCUCUCACUCCUCAGGACUGAAACAUGCUCCGUCUCUUGUGAGUGAUGCACGGUUCUGUAUGAAGCUGCCGACCGGAGCACACGCGGCAGAAAGGAGCUCUCCACAACCCCCCAAAUCCCCCAACCUGGACCCCGUCCCAAAGAGGCAGCAGAUGUGACAGAAGAGGAGUGGCGGAGAGAGAAAGAGAGAAAGACAAUCUCCCCCACCCCUCCUUCCCUCAUCUGGGAGAACAAUACCCAGCCUCCAGUAGGAGAGGGUCAGCUUUUGUCCUUCUCCCCACGGUCCCGCUCAAGAGCUGAGAGCAGACAGACGCGGUGACACAUUGACCUGCUGCUGUGAGAGGAGAAGACAGUGCAAGAACAGUUGCUGCGCUUUUUCUGGGUUUGAUUCAGUACUUGGAUAGCUCCCGAGCGGCAUACCAGCCUGUGAGCGUGUGUCCAUGAGCGUGUAGAUUCAACUGGUUUUGUUCGGAGACAGAGAGACGCAGAUGCAGCCCCCCUGUUCGCUCCAGCUUGGCCUCUGCGGCCCCUCUCCGUCCCAGGGAUCCCAGGGCAGCAAUGCCGGCCUCCAGCAGCUGGAGGAGAAGCAGCUCUUUGAGAAGUUUUGGAGAGGGACUUUCAAGGCUGUGGCCACACCAAGACCGGAGAGUGUCAUCGUGGCCAGCAUCACCGCCCGCAGGAGGGUGACCAACUUAGAAACAACAGUCUGCCUGCCGCUCAAGACGGAUGAGAGGAAACCGGCAGACACCAGGGUGGACAGCGCAGACAGAAAUGGCUGCAUCAAAGGAAAAGGACGUAAACGCCACAGUCAUCGCAGGGCCAGGAGCCCCUCGUUUGAUGAGGAACUCUCCCCUCGCCCGAAGGGGAAGAAGAAGAAGAGAAAGUCCGAACGGAAAAGGAAAAGGAAAAGGUCUCCAUCUCACAGCCUGUCGCCCCUGAGGAAGAAGAAAAAGAAGAAGAAGAAGAGCUCCAAGAAAAGCAAGCGGCAUAGGUAUACCUCCAAAAAGUCCAAACACAGUUCUUCAAGUUUAAAACAUAAGAGGAAGGAUGAGCGCAAGCACAAGAAAAGUUCACGGACUCACUCACGGCGGAGACGACGCUAUCGGAGGUCAGAGUCAGACAGUACUUCCUGCCAGUCUUCCACAGAGGACAGACACCAUCUGCAAAAAUCUGUGGUGCAUCAGGCGUUAGGAGACCUGGCAGCUGUAGUAGAGGAAACCAAUGGAGUGCUUGACCACACGGACAUGAAGUGGAGACCUGCAACCAAAUCAGUGUGUAAAACGGCUCCAAAAUAUCGCUCCAUCCUCUCAACUGCCACCAUUUUGUCGUCAAAACCUGGAAGCGAGCUUUUACACGGAAAAGGGUCUCAGCAUUUAUCGAGCCAGACCGAAGGUCCACACGAUUACGAUUCUGGGAAUGACACAUCUUCACCGCCAUCAAGCAAAACUGGUGUUUCUCGGGCGAGUGUCACUGACAACAAGAGGAACCACUGUAAACGUCUGGCCUCGCCAGAGAAGCUGAAGUUCACUGACAGAGACAAUGUCUCUGAUUCAGGAAACUCUGUGACCAGCUAUGCUUCCUUGUGCAAACCUUAUGGGGAGGACGGCUUGUCUGCAACCCUUUUCAGUAGAAACAGGAAGAGAGAGCAGGUAACCUUGGGGUGUCGGGUAGAGGUUGUGAGAUCUCCAAAGACCUCCAGAUGUACACAGAGGAUAAGCAAGGCGUCUCGAAGGCGACUGAAAACUCGGUCAUCGAGCAGCAGAAGCAGGAGUAGAUCUUUUGGGAGUUCCAGAUACUCCGGACGCUACUCUCGAAGCCUGUCGCUGUCGUCUUGCAGCUCGUACUCACGCUCACCCAGUUAUUCAGCUGAUCUGAGGCGGCGAGGCAGUGUAUCCAGCCUCAGCUCCAGAGGAAGCUACUCCAGAAACAGUGCUGAAAGACUACGAGACAGAAAGAGAAAACCUAGCUCCAGAGAGACAGAUGUGAAGCAUGCACAUAAGGUUAGUGGGAAGAGACGAAGACGCAAAUCCUACUCUCCUAUGAAGAAAAGGAGGAGAGACUCACCAAGCCAUCUGGAAGCACGCCGAAUCACAAGUGCCAGGAAGCGACCCAUUCCUUACUUCCGUCCCAGUCCUUCCUCCAGCAGUCGGUCCACCAGCGUGUCGUCCUGGAGCAGCCUCUUCACCCGCAGCCGCAGUCGCAGCCGCAGCCCGAUCCACAGCAUCACCCAGAGCAGGAGCCGUAGCCGGAGCCACAGUUACUCCUCCUACAGGAGCUACAGUCGCAGUUCAUCCUGGAACUCAAUCUUUGGGACCCGCAGUCGCAGCAGGAGUCGAGGUUCGUUGAACAAACGCAACAAAACCAGGCAUUAGGUUUCUCAGAGAACAUUAAGGGACAGAGGAGCCAGUCGUGUUUCCAGUUGAGAGCGGGGACAGUGGAUGUUGGAGCAAUCGACUGUGUACGUCUCCAUGCUCUGCUUUGACGCUUGAAUGGAAAUGUCCCAGCAGGGGUCUCACCACGUCUUUCAUUGAUGCAGUCUUGUUCACUCUGCCCACAGAGACCACUGGAGACGGAAUGUCUUUUUGUUCAUUUGUUUUGUUCUUGUACUGCAUCCUCUUGCAUCAGCACUCACAAUGGCCUGAGACUGUUCAUCACUUAGGUAUUAACAAUAGGAACUGCACAUAAAACAGAAAUACUAUUCCUGUGUUUGGUCAACUAACAACACAUCAUGUUAAAUUAUUCAUUUAAAUGAAUGCUUUAAAAUGGUUUAACAACAUAAUAUUUAUUUUAAAAUUGAUAGUUAAAUGGUGUAUAAUAAGGCCUGACGGUACCAAAAAGAGUUGAAAUUACUUAAUUACAAUAUUUUUGUUUUGGCAGAUGUACCAGGUAAACACUUUUAAAGUCUCAUAGGACAUUGGACAUUUACUGUCCCAUGUCAGGUCUGAAUGUUGUAGAUUUUGCGCAGACAAGUGAAGUAUUGAUGUAACAUUUGAGCCGUUUGAUCUGAGUAUUAACAAAUGGUUUCAAAGGGAUCGUUGUCAGGAAUAAGGAAAAGGUUUAUUGCUCUGAUCUCUGCACUUCACAAGGUGGAGAACAAAUGUGUUUCCUCUGAAAAAUGAAUCGGUGAGGGUGGCCUGAUGGCAGCUCAAAUGUCAAAUUAAUUUGUCCUUUGAUCAGGUGGAAAACAAUUGAAAUGUCAGUCUGUGUAAUACAACGGAGAGCGAUUGAAACAUUGUGCAGAAACAGGGAGGGGAAUUUCAUCUGACAAAAUCUUCAGAGUCAGAGGAGGUAUUUUCCUUGACAACUAAUGGCGAAUAAAACAAAUCAUGAGAAAUUUAGAGAAAAUGAUACUUUAAUGGUAAAUCUAAUGAACUUUUUUAAAUCUACUUUAAUGCUUAAAUUGUCAUCUUGGUCUGUCUGUACUUACGUAUCAGUCUCUGAAUUCUUGUUCAAUAUUUUUUAUUUCAAAAGAUGACAGAGAGAAAAGGCUGUACCUCAUUUGGUUGCAAAAUAGGUCUGAACUUAUGAAUAGCAUUGAGUCUCAGUUUACUUGAAUAAUGUUUUCUUGCUACAACACUGGAACCAAACAGAUACUGUAUGUCAACUAUGUUUUUUUACUUGAGUUAUAGUACAACGUAAGGUCAAGCUUUGAAUUGUGCAGCACCAUACAUAUUUAUUACUAUUUAAUAUUUAUUGGUUUGUUGUCCCUCUCAGUAGUGGUCAAUAUUUCUAUGCAACACUGUCAAUUUAAAAUUAUUAUGACACUGCUGUAAUUUAUUUUUGGUUUGUUGUAAAUUAUUCUUGGGUUUUGCCACUGUACUCACACAUAAACCUCAAAGUAGAAGCAAAUGUUCAAAAGACAAAAGAACAAAAACUGGGAUGGCAGAAAAGAUGCUUCCUGUCCAAUCUCAUGUUUUGGGUGCUUUUUUCAAAAGCAAAAUUUCAACAUUUUGGGAAAUACGCUACUCCCUUACCAAGAAUCAGAUAAAGAAGACUAAGACCACUCAUCUCUGUCUGUUAAAUAUCAAGCUACAGCCAGCAGCUGGCUAACAAGCUUAACAUAAAGACGGGAAAUGGUGAAACAGCUGGUCUGCUUCCAUCAAAAGGUUAACAAAACACUUUAAACCAAUGUCAUUAAACUGGCCUCCCUGUCUCUGAGGCUGUAUUUGGUCCCAAUCCAGCCGUGUUCACUGGGAGGCUGCUGAGCCCCGUUUCAUUGCACGCUAACGGCAGCUACAGCAGCCAUUAGCUACUGAAAAGCAGAAAAGGUGGAUGUCAUUAUAUUAUUGGUUAAAAUUAGUUGAUCCACACAUUUUGUUUUACAGGAAGAAAAAAAAGUUAUAUUUUUGAUAUAGCAUUACGAAGAAUUUUUUUUGUAUUUUCUUUUGGCAUAAAUUGUUAAAUAGGUCUACAAUAAGACUCGGAAUCUAAUCUGAAAGGGUCAAAAAGGCAUUUUUAUUUAAUUUCCAUUCAGAGAUCCUGGCAGAUGUUUUUUCAAGCUUUGGACAGGACUCUGUUUCCCCUUGUUUCCAUCUUUAUGCUAAGCUAAGCUAAUCGGCGGCUUAUUAUAGCCCCAUGUUCAUCAUCAAUCUCCAUAUUUGACUAGUCCAUGAAAGUGCUGCUUUGACUCUGGAGUUUGAAUCUGCAAAAAAGUUUGAAACUGCCUUUCCAUAUAAUUAAGAGAGUUAUAUUUCUCAAUCAUUUCAAAUCCAUCACCCUGUCUGUGUAACUGCUCCAGGCCUGACAGACUGCUCUCUAUGCACUCAAUACUCUCAGCUUAUUUCCCUGAAUGUCAACUAAAUUGGACGAAUGAGGGAAAUAUGACGCUGGAGGAGGAAGGAACUUGGCACAAAAGUCAUUCAUAAACUCAAAACUGAUGAUGACUCGUGUCAACCAGUGUUGACUCUGUGCCAGGGGAAGAUUUGUGAGGUAAUGUUGAUAAACUUUCUCGAUGGGCACCCAGGCCAACAGCCCUUUCCCCAUUUCACAAUGUAAAGUUUACAUCAAUUCUUGUGCAAAAUAUUUUUUGAAUAUGUAAUUACUGUGGUGUAAAUAUAUAUCUGCAUUGUAUAAAUUAUAAAAAACCUGUGAUUAUUUGAUUUACAGAAUGUGAUUUGGGCCUUGUUGGAUGUUAAAAUGUAGGAAUGGAUAUGAUGCAUUGACCAGUGACAGAGGAAAAGAAGACAAUAUGCCAGUUACGCAUCAAUCAAUUUGAUCAAUGGAAUCUAAAUGUCUUUGUGCUAAAGAUCUGAUCAUGUCUUUUGUUAUUUCAAAAAUUCCCAAUAACAAAGUCAUAUAGCAAUAGUGUUCCAUGUUUCAGUGUUAAAUUAUGCAUACUCUCCCUGUUUUCCAUGUGAAGGAGCAUAUUGCAAAAGGAUAUGUUUUUCAUACUGUCACAUUUUAUCUUGUGUCAGUGUGAACUCCGCAUUGUAAUAAUACAGUAUGUCACCUGGAAAUUGAAUUGUCCCCAUCAUAACCCCAUGAAAUCAACUUUCCCUUUCACUGCGUGUUUAGAAUAAGCUAUAUAAAAUCAUGUUCUGAAUAAAA